AUGAUUUUGACACAAGAAUCCAUCCUGUCUUUGCUGGUAGCAGAGGGUGGAAGAGUGAAGAAAUCCGACCUGGUUGAUAAGUUCAGAGGGUCGGUGGACACCGCGGAUCCCGAAGAAAGAGAACGGAAUAGGGAGAUUUUCAAGACUUUUGUCAACAAUGUAGCGUUUGUGAAAGAAAUCGACGGCGAACGGUAUGUUGUCCUGCGGAAAACCUAUCAGCAUUUGCUGGAAGGUCCAAAGAUCCAUGUGGAAAAACCUGAAAAUGAAAAGAUCCCGCUGACAGGUGAGCAGCAGCGCCCACCUGCGCAGGCUGGAAGCUCUGAGGAUCAGGGAGGUGUACGAUCAGCUGUUACUGAACCUGAUCAGGAAGAGGCAAGUGAAAGUAGUGACCAUCCCACAGAACUGCUUUCUCCCAUACAGAUGGCACUGCAAAGGAGUAAAUUUGCAAGUGUACGACUUAAAAGAUCACUGAAUGUUGAUGUCCAGCUGCAGGAUAGAAAGGGAAUUAACUGCUCAAAUGCGCCCGUAAAGAGCAAGCCAUAUGCCUUGCCUCUGAGGAUGCCCCCCAGCGCCACUAAAGUGGAGAUCCACAAACUUAAGCCUGACCCAGAUGAACCCGAAGAACACCCAAAAACAGAUGCUUUCAGGGACUCACCCCAGCUAAGGAGGGCAGCGAAGAGCACCAAGGCAUCAGAGGAGCACAAAGACACCAGAAUUCCCUCUGUGGUUCCCCUGGAGCACUCAGAGCAUCAGUGGCUCGUCAAUUGCGCCGCUGGCCACUGGAGCCAGGUUUACGGCCUGCUGCUCAGAGACAACCAGCUGGCCGAGAAGAAGGACUUCAUGUCAGGGUUCACUGCUCUGCACUGGGCAGCCAAAACAGGGAACAGCGACAUGCUUGUGAAGAUUAUCGAAAAAGCCAGGCAAGGAGGGGUUGACAUUGACAUCAAUGCAAAAACACACGGGGGAUACACUCCUUUGCACAUUGCUGCAUUGCAUGACAAACACUAUAUCAUUGGCAUACUGGUGAAGGAGUACGAAGCCAACAUAAGCAUCAGGGACAACUAUGGCAAGAAGGCCUACCACUAUCUCCACAAAGAUGUUUCUGAGUCUGUGAGAGAGAUGCUUUGUAAGCCCAAACCCCAGCCGGCACAGGACAGGGCCCUGCAUGAGAAAGAGGAGCUGGAUUUGUUCCCGGAUCGCUCCAAGGGCCUGCAUUCAAUAAGCCGCCUCUUUCAACCAAACGUGACAGGCCACAAAAAGAAGCACAAGCAGCGGCCGGGGCUGUACUCCCUGAACAACGACCCCAGCGAAGAAGGAGAAGACGGCGGCGCCGGCUUCAGGCACAGACUUAUGUCAGAUGUUUUUAUGUGA